AUGGUGUCGUUUUUAACAGCGCUAAUUGAUAAUCAUAAUUAUUCGUUAGAUGUUGGCUCGAUGGCCAAUCCAAUUACAUCUGUUAAUGGUCCAGUUGCAAGAAGCACAAAACAGCCAAAAAAUCCAGAAAAUACCACAACCGUCACCUUCGCAACGCAGGGAGUGGUUCACACUGUCGAUCUUUUUUCUUUUUUGUUUAUUUUAACAAUAUGUGGUCAAUUAAUAUCAUCAUCAAUGAAAUUUCUAAAAUUUCUAAAUUUAUAUACUCAGUUUUAUUCGUGUUCAUGUGAACAUGGUCCUUAUACACGCCCAGAUAAUGCUGAAUUAAAAUUUACUCAAGUACAAACACCGGCACCAAAUUUAGAAACGAACAUUUUAGCUUGGCAUGAUGAAAUGUUUUAUUUUACUUUCCUAGGUAUAAAUGAUAUAACUACCCAUCGGAAUACAGAAAUAACAUUAACAACAUUAAUUGAACGAUUAUUACCAUAUGUACCAAAAUUAAAACAUUUGGUUAUUAAUGAACUUUGUUUUGACCAAGAUUUACGUAGAUCGCGAUCACCAACAAUUUAUAAGACACUUACGUACAGCAGUAGCUCGAAUUCCAUCAAAUUUAAAACCUAUUGA